GCUGUGGAAAGGUUUCUAUUUACUUACCGAGACAGAAGCUGUCCUCUGUGCUAGCCUUCGUGCGGACUCUUCAUAUAGGCUGUGAAGUAUGGCCAUGAGAACAUGUUUGACAUGGUUGCAAGAAAAAUGCCUGCAGAAUUAUUUUGGAGGAAAACAGUUUUGUCUUCUUUAUAAGGCGAGUGUGCAGAAGUUCUCUAAGCAGGAUCUGUUCUGGAAAUGUUGGGAUAAUGGUCCUACCAUGGUCAUGCUGUACAGCAGAAACUGUGUUGUUGGUGCUUAUCUGAAAGAGGGCUUCCAGAAAAAAAAGAUUUUUAUCACUCUUUUUGCCCUCCAAGAGACUGAAGUUUCAGAAUGCACAAUAGGACCAUAUCUUCCAGCUUCAUUGUUUUAUGAUAGAGAAAAUUUUGAUUGUAUUCCUAGUUUCUAUAUAAUGUUAGAUGAGAAAAAUGUGAUUAUAAGUUCAGAGAUCUGUAAAAAGCUCGGACUGCCUCCUAGAUGUUCUCCCAUGUCCAUUGACGACUGUGAAACUUUUCGAUGCACAGAGUUAUUGGAUGAGAGAAAGACAAAAGGCAUCACUCUGAUACAGAAUCAUUUAUUGCAUAUCCUGAGAACAUAUAAGCCAUAUGGAGACCUGGUUCCCCAAGCACGGAUUCUGCUGCUGGGUCCGACUGGAGCUGGAAAGUCUAGCUUUGUCAACUCAGUCAAGUCUGUUUUCAGAGGCAGCAUCACACACCAGGCCAUGGUGGGCUGUGGCAUAAAUGGGACAUCUGACAAGUAUAGGACAUAUUCAAUCUACGGGAAUGAUGGUAGCCCCCUGCCAUUUGUUCUGUGUGACUCACUGGGACUGAGUCAGGAAGCUGGCUUGCAUUUUGAUGACAUACACUUCAUCUUAAAAGGCCACACUCCGGACAGAUACCAGUUCAAUUCCAGGGAAUCAAUCACAUCAAACCAUCCAAACUAUAUUCAUGACUCACAGCUGAAGGACAUAAUUCAUUGUGUGGUGUUUGUGUUUGAUGCCACUUCUGUUGAACAGCUCUCUUAUGGACUGGUGGCAAAGAUAAAAAGGAUUCGAAGGGCAUUGAUAAGAUGUGGCAUUCUGCAUGUGGUUUUGCUUACGCACGUGGAUAGACUGGAUCUGAUUACAAAAAGAGAUCUUAUAGACAUAUACAACUGUCACCCUGUGAAGCACAAGCUAGAAGCAGUCCAUAGAGACUUUGGUUUUGCCUUUUCGGACAUCUUGGUGGUUAGUAAUUAUGUCUCGGAGUGGCAUCUGGACCCUGUGAAGGACAGGCUAAUACUCUUGGCACUGAGACAGAUCCUGUGUACUGCUAAUAACUUCUUGGAAGACUUGCCUUUGAACAAAGAGGUAGACUUGUGAUCUACGAGCUUGAAGGUAUUACCAACUUGGUUAAUUUUUUAUUUGGAUCUGUGGCUUACGUGGUAGAUCUGUCUCUGGGCUAUUGACAUAUGAGUUGCACUAACAUUUAACUUUUAACCUAUACAUUUCCUUCCUGCCUUCCUCCUUCAUUUUGCAAAAUCUGUAUAACUUCACUCUUGUUUUAAAAAGAAAAUUACAGAAUGAUACAUCCCUUCACUGACUGAAAAUAAUGUGCUCACCUCUGUCCUCUACUCUCACACUGCUCUUGGGACCUAGAACUGGAUUGGAUCAACACUGUCUCUCAUUGGAUGUAAUCAUAGAGGAUCUGUGCUCGCCUUAGGACCAAAUGUAUCUAAAGAUCUAGGAACCAAAAAUGGGGUAAAUAUUGUCUUUUGAGACUGCCCUAAUUUGCUCAAUAAUCAUCUUUAGUUGCAUCUAUUUUCCUGGUAAUAACAUAACUUUUUGUUUUGUAGUUGGAAGAAAUUUCACCAUGUGUAAACAGCAUGGUUUUUUUUGUAUUCAUUCCCCAUUGUUGGACAUCUAGUUGGCUUGCUUCCAUCCUUAGCUAUUGUAAACAAUGCUAUAAUGUACAAGUGUGAAAGUGUUUUGUGAUGAUUUUAGGAUCUCCUCCACCUCAUUGGUUACCUCUUCAUUUAGUGUAAAUAUUAUCAUUUGUGAUUAUGGACUCAACUUGUCCCGCAGUAUGUUCUAUUAUCAAUCUGUGACUGGCAUAUGCUGCACUGUUACCAUUCAAAUGGAAGUUUUGCUUUAUUUUAUUUAAAUCUCACUUCAUCACAUUAGUGUACUAUACCCGCUUCAUUGACUGCUAAUUCCGGAAGAACUGGGAAAGUCUAAUACUGCUAGUUUGCUGUCUGACUCAGCCACCUGGGUUUCUCUAGGUCUCUUUCUUGUGGUGUACUGGCUCAUAAGCCAGGGCGAGCUUAGUUCACUUAGCAUCCUUCUGGUUGCUUCUCACUACAAACCCACUGAGAACAUUUUGUUUCUCUUUUCUUAGGUAUCAGAAGGGAAAUAUUCCCAUGUGUGCAAAAAAGAAGGAAAAAAAUGUGACAAUUGAUCAUAUAGUAACAAUUAACUCAUCAGCAGAACAAUGACAAAGCAGGGAAGAAAAAGGGGGCUGAGGGAGGGAACACAUGUAUGAUAUAAUAGUCCUUUGAUACAUAGAAAAAUAAGAUAAGAGUAACCCAGUUAUGAAAAUCAACAUAAUUCCUGUUGGAUUGAUAUUCUGUAUUUUUGAAAAAUAAAAUGCUUUGUUGUUAUAAAACCCAAAUCUUACUCAAGUAGGUGUCUUUCAUUUUCAAAUGCUACUGUUGUGACUACGAGUUACAAGUGAUAAAAACUCAACCUGUACAACAUUAGUAAAAAGAUGACUAUAACAGAGAUCUAUGAUAUAAAAAGUCAAUAAAAUGAUUCCUAAUGGUAUUCUGCUCUACUCAUAGAUUGUUGCCUAGCCCAAUCGUCAUCAGAAAGGCUUCCUUGGGCUGAUGAUAGGAGCAGAUGCAGAGAACCACAGCCAACACUAGGUGGAGAGAAAUUAGAGAUCUCCACUGGGUCCCUCCUUUUGAAGCUUGGGGAAGCAUGCAUUUGAGGGGGGUGGAAGAAUUGCAGAUGCCAGAGGGGUUGAGGACGCCAGGAGAACACGGGGACCUGGCUCAGAGGGUCUCACAGAGACAGAAGUUGCAAGGCAACCACAGGGCAUGCAUGGGUCUGCACGGGGUCCUCUGCAAACAUGAAUGGUUGUUAGCUUGGUGUUCUGUGAGACGCCUCUAACAGAAUGAGUAGGGACAUCUCAGACCCUUUCACCUGCUCAUGGGACCUUUUCCUUUCUACUGGGUUGUCUUGCUCAGGCCUGAUAUGAGUGUUUGUGCCUAGUCUUGUUGUAUCUUGUAAUGGCAUGUUCAGUUCAUAUCCCUGCUCUUUUCUGAAGGGAAACAGAGGAUGAGUGCAUUUGGGGGAGAAGGGAGUUGAGAGGUGGGACAUGCUCGGUAUAGUGAAUGGAAGGGGGACUGUGGUUGGGAUGUAUUGUAAUAAAUAUAAAGGCAAAAGGAAAACAGCUGGGACAACGCAGCCUUGCAGACCACUACAGCUACGGUUUCUACAUCUUCUUAGGAUCCCCAAGAUAGGGCCCUCUACCAGCAGGAAGCAGUUUGGAAAGAACAAUGCCCAAAUUCCCAAAUAUUGUUUAUAAAUGUUUGUUUUCAUUU